GGGAGCUGGAGGGGCGCAGGGGGCGGAGCUGGGGGCUCGCCCGGCGGGACUCGCUGCACGGCGGACCGGCCCCUGGAGCCAUGCGGCCCCUGCUGCUGCUACUGCUGGCGGCGGCGCUGCCGGCCGAGGCGGCGGCCGGCCCGGCGGGGCUCUGCGAGGCGGGCGGCAGGCGCUACUCGGCGGGCGAGCGGUUCGUGCGGCCGGGCGAGCCCUGCAGCCGCUGCGAGUGCACGGCCCGGGGCCCCGCCUGCGCCCGCGCCCCCUGCCCGGCCCUGCCGCCCGCCUGCAUCCACGUGAGCCGCUACCCGGCCGCCUGCUGCCCGCGCUGCGAGCGCGUCGGCUGCGAGCACCGCGGCCGCGUCUACGGGCUGGGCCAGCGCUUCCAGCCCUCGGAGUGUGAGCAGUGCACCUGUGACCCGGACGGCAUCGCUCGCUGCCUGGUGGCCGACUGCGCCCCCCCGCCCUGCGUCAACGCCGUCUACGAGAAGGGCCGGUGCUGCCCCACGUGCCAGGACGGUCCCAACUGCUACGCGGACAGGAGCCGGACGCGCGUCAUCCCCGCCGGAGAGGCCGUCUGGGUGGAGCCCUGCACCCGGUGCCGCUGCCACGACGGCCAGGACGCGGGCUACUGGGAGGGCAACCGGGUGGCCAAGUGCGAGCGGCUUCGCAACUGCCGCCCGCUGGACCGGCGCAACUCCUGAGCACCGCUGGGCCGCAGAGACCCCCCCGGCUACACCCCUCCCUCGCUGGGCCACAGUGCCCUCUCCCCCCACGACGCCCCUCCCCCGCUCCCGCUGGGCCGCAGAGCCCCCUCCCCCCCCGCGACACCCCUCCCUCGCUCCC